AUGGCAGCUUCGAGCCAGGCGUCCAAGAUCGCUGGGGCUGUUGCUACAGGCGGAAUCGCAUUCGGCUUCUACUGGUUUGCAAAGCCGCGCUUCGAAGCUUUGCUGAUUCCGACGCCAUCUGCUCCUCGCAAACUGUACAGCGAGCAGGAUUUUGCGGCAAGUACAGAGUUUGCUGGUUCUCGACCCGGUUACGUUUACAAGAUGGACCACAGAGGCCUCGGCUACUACAAGGACAUGCCGGCAAGCAGUGUCACGCAUUGA